CGUAUGCGAGCCAAAGGGUAUCUCUCGUAAUUACAUUCAUAUUCGUGCCCUUUUAUUUUCCCAAUUAAAUUUCUAUUCUCCACCCUGACAACCACUUAAUAAUUAAAAAAAAAAAAAAAAAAGCUAACCCUAGCGUUUUUUGCCCCUUUUUUUUCGUCAAUCGCCGCCUCUCUUUUUCAUCUGAAUCUCUCCCACCUCGAUUUCAUCUCGAUCUUUCAUCUUCUUCCCCAAAUCGAUCUCGGAUCCUUUCAAUCCUCGUCAUCCUCUACCGAUCGAUCCCAAUAUCAGCUCUUGCCGUCCUUUAUUUUUGAUUUUAGGGUUAGGGUUUUCGAUCCCGGAAUUGGAAUUGUAGAUCUGGGAAAUCCUUUUAUGUAUUUGAGAUUUUCGAUCGUUUCUUUUUGUUUUUCGCUUUGAAUUCGUUUCGAUUUGGUAAAUCUUUUUGGGUUUUCUUCGCCUUUUUUGGGAUUUGGGGUUGUUGAUUUUUUUUUUUUUUUAAGGUUUGGUUUUUUCGCCGAUUCAUUCGAAUUCGAGGUUAUCUAAGACGGUAAUCGACGAACUUUUUUCUGGGUCAGGUUUAAUUUUUGGGAUUUCUUUGAAAAUUUGAGAUCUAGGGUUAGGGUUUUCAGAAAUUUGGGGCUUUUGAUUUUUUGGUUCAAUUUGUUUAGGGUAAACUCAGAUUUCCUUGAUUUGUUAAGGUUGUGUGUCCUUACGGCUUGUAAUUUGUGCCCUGAUCGUCCAAUUUAGCGAUCUACAGUAUCGUUCGUCGGAGAUUUUUUCCGAGUUAAUUAAAGAUGGUACAGAAACGACCUUAUGAUGAUGAGGAAAUAUUCAAGAUUACUGUCAAGCACCCAAGACAGGUGGAACCCAGCAAACAGCUUGUUUCGUUUUCAGAAUCUGUUUUUCCUGUAGAUGAUGCUUCCAGGACACCGCGGACUUUAGAUGAUGGAUUCCCAAAUCCCGACACGGGAGGUGAUGAGAAACUUUCUGGUGACAUCUUUACCCAUCCUCUAAAUGUUUGUGAGGACAUUGAAACCAGUGCACCUGGCUCCUUUUCCUUCUCAUCAUGGCCCACCAGCAGUACCAGUGAAGAAGAUUCCCUAUCAGAGCCACCAUUUCAAGUACCUUCUUUCCCUGAAAAUUUUACCCCUGAGCGUAGGCCAUUAACUCAUUGCGAGGAUGUUUAUUCUUUACUUCUAAAUCACCCUCCACGGAAGUUUGUUCCAAUUGGACCAGAUCAUCAAGCUGAUGUUCCAGAAUGGGGAUUGCAAGGCACUAAUAAUAUCUCAAACCAUUUAGAUACACCUGAAGCAGCUUCAAACUUGGACCUUGAGGAGGAAAAAAAAUGGAUGGGUGUAUGUGUCUGUCCAAUGCCUGAUUGGACUUCAUCUGCAUGCAUAGAUGGGAAAGUUGGUAGUGGUAGAACUGAUUGCAGUUGUGAGGAUGGAGGUUCAAUCAGAUGUGUUAGACAACACAUUUCGGAAGCCAGAGAGAAACUUGUAAAAACCUUUGGGCGAGAGAGAUUUCUGGAGCUAGGAUUUGGUGAUAUGGGGGAGCAAGUGGCACACAGGUGGAGUGAAGAGGAGGAACAAGUAUUCCAUGAAGUGGUCUUCUCUAAUCCAGUGUCAUUGGGCAAGAAUUUCUGGCACAAUCUUUUUGCUGUGUUCCCCUCCCGAACCAAAAGGGAGAUUGUCAGUUACUACUUCAAUGUCUUUAUGCUUCGGAGACGAGCUGAACAGAAUAGAUAUGACCCAGCAAACAUCGAUAGUGAUAAUGAUGAAUGGCAAGAAAGUGAUGAUUAUGGUGAUAAUGAACUUGGAGUGACAGAGGAAGAUGAUGACUCAGUUGUUGAGUCUCCUGCAUAUGAAGAUGGUGCUGGCAAUAAUCAUUGUCAGGAAGAUUUGCAUGAGUACGAGGAGGAUGGUGAUGAUGAUACUUGUGAUGAGAAUGGUAAUUUAGAAUUUUUCAGUGGGGGCAUGAACCACAUUUCGCAGUCAUGUCCUGGGAAGUUUCUCAACAAUUAUUGUUCCGGUCACAUGGUCGAUUCUCAGGAUAAAAUUGCUUGGGAUGAUGGAGGAGAUCAAGAUGUCCAAGAUGAUUCGUGUACAUCCUCUGAUACAGGGGUUGCUUCACUGGGAAACCAGGUCAAAUCUGGAAAUGGCAAUCAUUGCCCAGGUACUUUUGAUGGGUUGAGCAGUGGCGGCAAUCAUGGAUAUGUUUUGGACCAUUGUGAUGCUAAAGAUUGGGACGUUGGGUAUAUGACUUGCUCUAAAAAUAAGGUUGAUUUCUUGCCAACUCCCAAUAUGAUUGAAGAGGUUUUUGGAGAAGAGUCAUGGAAUCACAAGGUUAGAGAUGGGAAGAAUUUGAGUUAGUAAAUGCUAGUCCUUUCUUUUACAUAAGAGAUGAACAGCAUUGAGGCUUUUGCAUCCAGUGAAUCAUCAGAAGAUCUUCUCUCAGAAUAUUUACGAGAGUACAAUUUUCCAUUUGUACAAAUUAGGAAAGAUGAGAGCCUGCAUUUGCUGUAAGAUAGUGUUUAUAUGGUGAUUGGUUUUCAUCUGUUUAGCUCAUUUAUAAUACCUAUUUUCUGGAAUUGAACAAUUCUAGGCACUCCUACAUAAAGGGGGUAAAGAAAAAAAGAAUCCUUGUAAGGAUCCCCUCGUUGAUGGGGGAUGGGUAAUAGAAGAUAUACAGAUUGUAAGA